AUGCAGGGAGGCCGCGAGCUGAUGGCGCUGGUGAUGGCGGCGCUGGUGAUGGCGGCGAUGGCAGAGGAGGAGCAGAAGAGAGAGAACCUUGAGAGAAGCUGGAUGGCAGGGGAUGGGAUGAUGGUCGGCGUGAUCGUGUCGGUGGUGGUAGGAGGCCUAGGAGGAUGGUUCUUGCUCCGAGGUGGGGGUAAGAAGAAGCUCAAGGGCGAUGCUGUUUUCCUUGUUGGAGCGUGCGAUGCUGGCAAGACAGUCCUCGUACAGAGACUGAGAGAAGAGGGAGGGGAGAAGGGAGUGAGACCGACACACACAUCGAUGAUGCUCAACGAAUGUACGAUCCAGCUUGAGGGAGAGGACAAGGGCAGGGCAGUGCGAGUGAUCGACUUCCCUGGGCAUGGAAGGUUACGUCCCAUGCUGUUCGACAUGCUCGAGGACUGUGCGGUCCUCAUCUUUGUGAUUGAUGCCACCACCUUCCACCUACAAGCACGGGAGAUCGCGGAGUUCAUGUUGGACCUUCUGACGUCAACGUCGCUGCUCAAGAACACGCGGAUGAUGCUGGUGGCGUGCAACAAGGUCGAUGCUCUUCCGGACGAGCUUGCGGGCAUCUCGCCCAAAGUGAUGGUGAAGAAGAGGCUUGAGUCCGAGAUAGAAGCGCUGCGAGUCGCUCGAGCUGAUUCGCUCAACGACACUGCCAACACGAUGAGGGUGGAGCUCGAGAUAGCUGGAGCAGAGUUCAAGUGGUCUGACUCUCCGCUGGAUGUGGAAUUUGCUGACUGCAGCGCGAUGGAGGGGAAGGUCACACCAGUGGUCUCAUUCCUCAAGAAGGCGAUAAAUUCUUAA